AUGCCGUUCACGUCACUUCGGAGCAUCUUUUGUGAGCGAAGUUCUGUGCAGACAUUCAGCGGAGAGUGGAGGAAUACCAGUUUACACUCGAUCCCUCAUGUAACAGAAUGUGCACAACAUGUUGAUUUCUCGUGGUUACCGGCGAUAUUUCUGAUAAUUUUCUGUCCGCUCACGUUAUAUGAUCUCUACCAUAGCGAACAUGCUAAAGCUAGCUGUCACUCACCAGUUACCUACAGAAUAUUGAUUUGUGUCGUUCUUGUCAUUGAUCUCUCUUGUUCACUUUUCCACAAUGCGUACAGUUAUUUAAUAUUGGAUAGGAAGGAUACACUACACUAUUUAAUAGGUGAUUGUGCCCAAUAUAUAGGUCUGUGCUUAGCUCUGACCCUGUUGAUUGCAUGCAGAAACCGUGGCAUUGUCACUUCCGGAGUAUUGUUCAACUACUGGUUACUAACGGUCAUAUGCGGCCUUCCAGAGCUUCGAUUUUUAAUAGAACAUCAUUAUUCUGCAGAAACACAAGAUUCACCCCAUUUUUUUUUUUAUAUGGUUUACUAUGUCUUGAUAUGCUUAGAGCUGAUAUUAUCUUGUUUUGCCGACACCCCUUCAGGAGCCUUCUCAGGAAAACACGUCUGCCCUGAGCUGUCAGCAUCGUUCCUGAAUCAGAUAACAUUCACUUGGUUUACUGGAUUAGCCGUGAAAGGUUACAAAAAACCCCUCGAACGAGAUGAUCUCUGGGAUCUGGAUGAACGUGACUGUGCCAAGAACCUUAUCCCACAAUUCUACAAAUAUUUUACACCUGAGUUACAGAAACAUCAAGAUGUGCUCAAGCAGAGACAAAGCUCUGAGGAUUCGUCAACACAUCAGCCAUCUGUUCUUAUGCCACUAUUUAAAACCUACAAAUUGUCGUUUAUUUCUGGUGCUCUCCUAAAAUUGAUUUUUGAUUUGCUACAUUUCGUCGCUCCUGUUUUGCUCAGGCUUCUGAUAAACUUUAUUCAGGAUCGUAAUCAGCCGAUGUGGCUUGGAAUUGCUAUUGCUAGCUUUAUGUUUGUUGUUGCUGUAUUUCAAUCCAUGAUUCUUCACCAAUACUUCCAUCUGAUGUUCCGAUUGGGUAUGAACAUUCGUUCUGUUCUAACCAGUGCAGUAUACUCCAAGGCGAUGUAUUUGUCCAACAACGCACGAAAGAAUCGUACAACAGGAGAAAUAGUCAAUCUUAUGUCAGUGGAUAUUCAAAGGCUUCAGGACAUGACGACAUUUGUAAUGUUAUUUUGGUCAGCUCCUCUUCAGAUCCUUCUAUCCGUGAUAUUUUUGUGGAGAAUAUUAGGCGUGGCUGUUAUUGCUGGUUUGGCUAUACUAGUGACGAUGGUACCUCUUAAUUCGUAUAUUUCUGUCAAAAUGCGGGAAUGUCAUAUCAAACAAAUGAAACAAAAAGACGAACGGAUGAAGCUGAUGUCAGAAGUUUUAAACGGGAUCAAAGUGCUCAAACUGUAUUCUUGGGAGAAAAGCAUGGAAAACACUGUUCUGAACAUUCGACAAAGAGAGAUCAAUGUACUAAAGAAAUUGGCGUUCCUUAAUGCUGCUACCACUCUUUCAUGGGCUUGUGCACCAUUUUUGGUUGCCGUCCUUUCUUUUGCGGUUUUUGUUACAAUCGAUCCGAUUAACAAUGUUCUAACACCACAAGUAACGUUCGUAGCUUUAGCUCUUUUCAACAUUCUUCGAUUCCCUCUUGCAAUUUUUGCUAUGAUAUUCAGUCAGGCUGUUCAAUGUCGCGUCAGUAACAAACGCCUCUCUGCUUUCUUUGCUGAAGAAGAAAUGGACAGCAGCGCUAUAGGCAGUAAAUGGAGUGAGGAAGCCGUCAGGAUCGACGGUGGCGCUUUUACUUGGGAUAGCGGCGGAAGUGACGAAACCCUGAAGAACAUCAACGUGUCAGUGAAACGAGGACAACUUGUUGCCAUAGUUGGCAAAGUAGGCUCAGGAAAGAGCAGUCUACUCCAAGCGAUUUUAGGUGAAAUGAACAAAGUCAGCGGCAGGGUGAAUGUGAGCGGUUCCAUAGCGUAUGUACCUCAACAAGCAUGGAUACAAAAUCUCACUCUUCGAGAUAAUAUUUUAUUCAAUCGCUCUUAUGACCGCAUGCUCUAUGAGAAAGUGAUAGAUGCUUGUGCAAUUAGACAAGAUUUAGCAAGUCUACCUGCGGAAGACCUCACCGAGAUAGGAGAGAAGGGAAUAAAUCUAUCCGGUGGACAAAAACAGCGUGUUUCCCUAGCCAGAGCAGUAUAUUCGCAUGCUGAAAUUGUGCUUCUGGAUGAUCCAUUAAGUGCUGUUGAUUCGCACGUUGGCAAACACAUCUUUGAGAACGUUAUAUCUUCUACCACUGGCAUGCUGUCCAACACAACGCGGAUCCUUGUGACCCAUGGGUUAAACUAUCUGAAAUACUGUGAUAAGGUGGUGGUUAUGAAAGACGGCGAAAUAAAUGAAAUGGGGACUUACCAUGAACUGAUCGCUAAACAGGGGGCCUUCAGCGAGUUCCUCGAAGAAUUCUUAGUCGAGGAAACAAAGAAACGCGGUCGCAGUGUUAGCUUCGGUGAAAGUGCAGAAGACGUCUCGGAAAUACUCCAAGAAGUGGAAGAAAUAAGUCCUGCACAGAGGAAGCGUAUCGACGCGCAUAUGAGCCAGGAAAUCAUCAUCGACAAGACUCUACCAGCUGAUUUGCCAUCUGCUGCGAGAAAUGGUAACGCCAUUAUCGGAACAAACUCAAAAGAAGAGUGUACUUUCACUGACGCAAAAGUCGAAGAAAAAGUGGCACUUCUUGGAGCAGAGAAGAAACAACUACAGAAGAGUAAAUUAGUAGAGAAAGAAGGAGUGGAGACUGGAAAAGUAAGAUGGUCAGUGUAUUUGGCGUACAUUCAUGCGAUCGGUCUCACAGUUGCACUUUUAUUCAUUUUCGUCUACAUUUUAAGUAGUAUACUUGGGGUUGCAAGUAAUUUAUGGCUUGCCAAAUGGUCCGACGAUGCGGAACUGAUUCAGCAAAAGAGCAAUGGCAGCAGUUACGAAACGAAUAUCCGUUUGGCAAUUUACGCUUCUUUGGGUGUGGGUCAAGCACUGUUCGUAUGUGCAGCCUCCAUAAUUAUGGCUCUAGGAAUGGUUGGAGCGUCUAGAAUUUUACAUGAAGGGAUUCUGAGGAACAUUCUUCACUCUCCCAUGCUCUUUUUCGACACAACUCCUAUCGGGCGGAUACUUAAUCGUUUCGGGAAGGAUGUGGAUACCGUGGACAUGGAGCUGCCAGAAGCCGUCGGCGAGCUCACGCUGACCGGCACUGACAUUGCAGUUACGGUUUUCUUGCUCAUCUUCACCACUCCCUGGGUGUUCGGUCCUCUGGUCGUCAUAUUCACCUUCAACGCAACAGUACUGGAUGUGGAGGCAAUCGAUACAACUUUGCCGGGAUCGAUUCGCUCGAUGAUCAUGACAGCGUUCAACGUCGUCGCGACGAUUCUCGUCGUAGUAAUCGCCACUCCAGUGACCGCCAUUCCAUUUGCAUUUCUCGCUGUUCUCUACAUCGUGGUCCUGGACGUGGAAAUGCUGGAUGCUCGACUGCCGUCCGCGGUUAUGACGUUCGUCGGUUCCCUCCUACAGGCGUUAAUGAUCCUGUGGAUGCCGAUCUACGCAACGCCUGCAAUCGUUUUGCUACUUACUCCAACCUUCGUCUUCUAUUACUUUAUUCUGAGAUUUUACGUGAGCACAUCACGUCAAUUGAAACGCCUCGAAUCAGCUUCACGAUCACCGAUAUAUUCUCAUUUUCAAGAGUCCAUCCAAGGCGCCGCUUCCAUUCGUGCAUACAGACUAGUUCCUGAGUUUGUCACAGAGUCGGAGCGGAAGGUCGAUGAGAAUCUUGCAGUGUAUUAUCCCAGCAUAGUUGCCAAUAGGUGGCUUGCAGUUCGUUUGGAACUGGUUGGCAACCUUAUUGUAAUGUUUGCCGCUCUUUUUGCUGUACUUUUCCGGGAUUCUCCAGGAAUCUCCGCUGGCCUUGUUGGUCUCUCCGUGUCAUACGCACUGAACAUAACGCAAACCUUGAACUGGGCUGUACGAAUGACAAGUGAACUAGAAACCAAUAUAGUGGCUGUUGAGCGCAUAAAAGAAUACACAGACCUUACCAUUGAAGGAGCGCAUUCUAAACAAAAACCACCAGAUUCCUGGCCACAGAGUGGGAAAAUCAUGUUAAAGGACAACAUAUCGGCGAGUAUAUCACCAAGGGAGAAGAUUGGAAUCAUUGGAAGAACAGGAGCAGGAAAGAGUUCUCUCACACUUGCAUUAUUCCGAACGGUUGAAAUUGACAGUGGAUGUAUUGAAAUUGAUGACCAGAAUAUCUCUACUCUUACACUUGAGGACUUGAGGUCUCGUCUUACUAUUGUCCCUCAAGAUCCUGUUCUGUUCUCUGGCACACUUCGGUUCAACCUCGAUCCAUUUGAUGCUUACACUGACGAAGAGAUUUGGAAAGCUCUGCGAAACUCUCACCUUGAACCUUUCGUCACAUCUCUUGCUGAUAGACUACAGUACCGUAUUUCUGAAGGAGGCGAGAACCUGAGGUGA